UGCCCCCUUACAGGGGCCACACUGCUGCUCCAGGGGCUGUGUGCCAACACCAUCCUACGGCUCCUGGAUCUGAAGGGCAACAACCUUCAGGCCAAAGGGGCUGAGGCUCUGGGCAAACUCCUCCGACAGAACAAGUCCAUUCAGAGCCUCACCCUGGAGUGGAACAACCUGGGUGCCUGGGAAGAUGCCUUCGCCACCUUCUGCCGGGCGCUGGCGGGCAACCUCUCCCUGCGGCAGCUGGACCUUCGCAACAACCAGAUCAGCCACCAGGGCGCGGAGGAGCUGGCCCUGGCCCUGAAGGGCAACACCAGCCUCCAGCAGCUGGACCUGCGCUGGAAUAACAUCGGCCUCCUGGGCGGCCGGGCCCUGGUGAGCUGUCUCCCCAGCAACAGAACCCUGUGGAGGCUGGAGCUGGCCGGGAACAACGUCCCCAGCGACGUCCUCAGAGCCGUGGAGCAAGCCAUGGACCACAACCAGGACCGGGAGGCCACCGUCCGGGAGAACCGGGCCCGCACCCGUGUGCUCAGCAAGGAGGUGCGGCACCUGCGGGAAGAGAAGUCCAAGCAGUUUCUGGACUUAAUGCAGACCAUCGAUAAGCAGCGGGAGGAGAUGGCCAAGAGCAGCCGGGUGUCGGCAGCGCGCGUGGGACAGCUUCAGGAGGCCCUGGAUGAGAGGCACUCCAUCAUCAACGCCCUCAAGGCCAAGCUGCAGAUGACCGAGGCCGCCCUGGCUCUGUGGGAGCAGAAGGCCCAGGACCUGGGGGAGCUCCUGGCCACGGCGGGGCAGGAGCAGCAGAGCCUGGCACAGAAGCUGGCCAAGGAGCACAGGCUGGAGCAGCAGGAAGCUGCAGAGCGGGAGUCUAAACUGCUCAGAGACCUGUCUGCUGCCAAUGAGAAGAACCUGCUUCUGCGGAACCAGGUGGACGAGCUGGAGCGGAGAGUGAAGUCGCAGCAGGACCAGCUGUUCCUGACCAAGCAGGAGCUGACCAACACGUCGGCCGAGCUGAAGAUGCGGGCCGUGCAGGCCGAGGAGCGCCUGGAGCUGGAGAAGAGGAGGUCCCGGCAGAGCCUGGAGGACGCGGAGCAGCUGCGCGUCAAGGAGGUGGAGCACAUGGCGCGUCACCUGGAGGAGAGCGAGCGGGCCCUGCAGGAGCGGGUGCAGAGGCUGGAGGCCGCGCGGCUGUCCCUGGAGGAGGAGCUGAGCCGAGCGAAGGCGGCAGCCCUCAUUGAGCGCGGCCGGGCCGAGGAGGAGCUCAUCAAGGCCAAGAACCAAGUCCGCCUGGAGGAGCACAGCGCCUGGCGGGUGUGCGCGGCCGAGCAGUUGGUGUUGACCACGUGGCUGCCUGGUUGGAGGCACAGGACGUGUGAGGGCCGGAACCAGGCUCCUCGAGGUCAGGGCCAACGGUGGCUGUCGGGCCCGGGGCUGAGCGUCCACCGAGGAACCAGGAGGUCCCGGUUCCAUUUGGGUCGGGGCACAGGCCCGGUUGCCGGCUGGAUCCGCAGUGGGGGGCGUCAAUACGCCGCCAGCUACAGCGGCCUGAUGCGCAUCGAGCGGCUGCAGUUCAUCGCUGACCACUGCCCCCCGCUGCGGGUGGAGGCCCUGAAGAUGGCCCUGUCCUUCGUGCAGAGGACCUUCAACGUGGACGUGUACGAGGAGAUCCACCGGAAGCUCUCGGAGGCCACCAGGUGAGGCCGGGGCCUCGGAGGAGGUGCCCGCCUGGCUGAUGGCGGGGUGGAGCCCCCGCCCCUGGACACGGCCUGGGUGGAGGCCACGCGGAAGAAGGCCCUGCUGAAGCUGGAGAAGCUGGACACGGACCUGAAGAACUACAAGGGCAACUCCAUCAAGGAGAGCAUCAGGUGCCCCCGGUGGGCGGGGAGGCUGGCAGGGCGGCAGGAGCAGAACUGGUCUCAUGUGCUGAGCUACGUCAGCAAGGCCGAGUCCACUCCCGAGAUCGCAGAGCAGCGAGGGGAGCGGGACAGCCAGACCCAGGCCAUCCUCACCAAGCUGAAGUGUGCUGCAGGGCUGGCGGAGCUGGCUGCACGCAAGUACAAGCAGGCGGCCAAGUGCUUCCUGCUGGCCUCCUUCGACCACUGCGACUUCCCCGAGCUGCUGUCCCCCAGCAACGUGGCCGUGUAUGGCGGCCUUUGCGCCUUGGCCACCUUCGACCGGCAGGAGCUGCAGCGCAACGUCAUCUCCAGCAGCUCUUUCAAGCUUUUCCUGGAGCUGGAGCCCCAGGUCCGGGACAUCAUCUUCAAGUUCUACGAGUCCAAGUACGCCUCGUGCCUGAAGAUGCUGGACGAGAUGAAGGACAACCUGCUCUUGGACAUGUACCUGGCCCCCCACGUCAGGACCCUGUACACCCAGAUCCGCAACCGCGCCCUCAUCCAGUAUUUCAGCCCCUACGUGUCGGCCGACAUGCGCAGGAUGGCCACCGCCUUCAACACCACGGUGGCCGCGCUGGAGGACGAGCUGACACAGCUCAUCCUGGAGGGGCUCAUCAACGCCCGCAUCGACUCCCACAGCAAGAUCCUAUAUGCGCGCGACGUGGACCAGCGCAGCACCACCUUCGAGAAGUCCCUGCUCAUGGGCAAGGAGUUCCAGCGCCGUGCCAAAGCCAUGAUCCUGCGGGCAGCUGUCCUGCGCAACCAGAUCCACGUCAAGUCUCCUCCCCGCGAAGGGAGCCAGGGGGAGCUGACGCCGGCCAACAGCCAGUCCCGGAUGAGCACCAACAUGUGAGGGUGCCCGCCGGGCCCUCCAGGAGGAACUGCACACCCUGCCCCCCUCCCAGCACUUCUGGAGGAGCCGCUGGGUUCCCGCCCUCGGCCCCCUGCCUGGACGCCUG